UCUCUACACCCCCACCGUGGAUUUCACAACCAGACGUUGACUCUUCCACCAUAUAACUUACCACCAAAACAUUUCUCCUCCACUUGCAUACGAUGGUAGUAAUCAUAUGGCGAUCAUUUACAACCGUUGGAUCCCACAGAGCGGUUCGUUAUUACUCAUCUUGCUCUUGCUCCACUCAUUACCGUAUGGAUCAGGUCAGUCCACACCGCCUGUUCCCCGAACGAGAGCCAGCGACCCGGUCGUUAUAGUGAUAACGGUCUUGUUCUUCGUUGUCUUCAUCAUGGUCUUCGGCUCCAUCUUCUGCCGCCGAAGCUCCGUGCCUUACUACUCCCGGCCUUCUGUUUUCGGACUCACCGACGCAGGUGAUGCACCCGGCGUUGUCAGGGUCAGAAGGUCGGCGGCGCGUGGGCUCGAACCGGAGGUUAUAGAGUCGUUCCCGACGUUUGUCUACUCGGAUGUGAAGGCGGUGAGGAUCGGGAAAGGCGGUGUGGAGUGUGCGGUUUGUCUCUGCGAGUUCGAGGACGAGGAGACGCUGCGUUUGAUGCCUCCUUGUUGCCACGUGUUCCACGCCGAUUGUGUUGACGUCUGGCUCUCGGAACGUUCCACGUGUCCUCUCUGCAGAGCUGAUCUUGUUCAGAAACAGGAUGGUGGCGGCGAUAAGAGCGACUUGAGUUCGGAUCCGGGUACGGUUUCGUCGGGUUCGGAUCCUGAGAGAGGAGGGGUUUUGGAAGCUUCGGACAGGCAUUUGCUGGACGGCGUGGCCUGGACCAAUAGCAACAACGUAACGCCACGGUCAAAGUCAACGGGUUUAGCCAGCUGGAGUUUGACCGGUAUUCUUGUCCCGAGGUCUCACUCGACCGGUCAUUCGCUGGUUCAACCGGUUGGAGAUCUCGACCGGUUUACGCUGAGGCUGCCGGAUGAUGUACAUAGGCAGCUGAUGAAGACGAGGACGAUAAGAAACGUGACGUUGCCUCAGGCGAGGAGUUCGCGGAGCGGUUUCAGAAGCGGGAGCGUCGGGAGCGGCGGCGUGUUCUCGUACGGUCGGAAGAAUCGUAAUAACAACCGACGGUUGCAUUCUCUCUCUUUCUCCUUUUCUUUCCGGAGCGGUUCCGUACGGUCUACUUUCAGUGGAGAUACGGUGGCUCCGCCGAAGAAUUUUCCGGCGGCUGCUGAAUCUGGUGAACGGUCUUUCGAACGGCUCCGACCAGAUGAACGAGUGUAAAUAAGAUUCUUGAAGAUAAUUUGGUUUAUGAAACUACAUGUGAUGUGUCUUGUUUGCU